AUGGCAAAUGUUCUUGAUGUUUAUUACUAUGUGAAAAGUUGUUCGUCCCAGAAUAGGAGACAUUAUAAGUUAUGCCUACUCAUUUUCACUGGAGGUGAAUCUUAUCGUCAUGGGGAUAAAAUAGACAAUUCUAAAUUUGGGGCAGAUCCUGGGUUGCCUAGUGAAGUUGCCUCUGGAGUAAAAACAGCUCAAAAUGGAGGAAAAACUGGUACACCAGCAUUCCGCUGCAAGAAAUGCCGAAGAAUUGUUGCAUUGCAGGACAAUGUUGUGGAUCACAUUCCAGGCAUGGGUGGGAAAUCGUUUGAGUGGCGAAAGCGAAAAAGUAGCAACUUGUCUGAGGGUUCUGAAUGUUCAUCCAUUUUUGUUGAGCCCCUAAGGUGGAUGACAGCAGUUGAAGAUGGAGCACUGGAGGGCAAGUUGUCAUGUGCACAUUGUGAAGCUCGCUUGGGUUACUUCAAUUGGUCAGGCAGCCAAUGCAGUUGCGGGAAUUGGAUCACUCCUGCCUUCCAGCUUCAUAGAAGCCGUGUGGAUGUCAGCACUGUCUAA